GCAGAUUGGUUAUACGACUCAUGUAAGUCGGUGUAAAACUACCCGACAAGGAAGUUGGCACAUUACCGAUUGCUAACUGCGACUGGGUAGGUGUUUAGUAUGGCAGAAAAACAAAGGUUCGAAAAUCUGCGAAAGAGGAUUAUCGAGAGGAGAAAACGCGAACUUCAGAAGGCACUGGCAACACGGGAAUUCACAGCUGGGCUCGAGGAUGUCGUCGCUGUAAUCAAAAGUCUGCCUCAUGAAGGUGUCACAGAGGAAGAACUCGACAGAAUCCUGCAACAAAUUCCUGAUAUCAUAUCAAAUGAAGUCGCCAGAGAAGUGUUGAACAUCUGCCAAAAACAAGCCAACAAAUCAGUCAGAGAAAACAGCCAAGCGUAUGCAGCAGUCUCCUUUGUGACAGGCGACAAAACACAACAGCAGGUUGACGCCAUUGCUGCAAUAACGGAUGCAAAACAACAGGAGGGUUCUGCAGAGGUUGAGGAAUCAGGUAUCUUCGUGACUGAUGGAGGGGACCUUCCUUGCCAGCGUGUGUAUAAUAUCCUGAUCGAGGCCCUACCACUCACAGAACAGAAACUACGACGCCUGACAGACGGUGUCCUACGCAAGGCUGAGCAAGAUGGGAUAUCAAGCAUCGCCAUUCAGCCAACUGGAUAUGGCAUGGACACUUUACCAAUGGCCGUGUUAGCUACAUCCAUCUUGGAUACAGCCUUGAAUUACUCAUGUGUUUCUCUGGACGAAAUAGUGGUGUGUGCGGACAAAGGCGAGGCGGAUACGAUUAAGGCAUUUACAGCUGUGAUUGACAAGCGCCCUCAACUUGGGAAAGGCAAAGAACUCGGAUCUACCUUCUCUGUGACUAUUGUCAAAGGAGACAUUGUCCAUCAGGAUGUUGAUGUGAUUGUUAAUUCGACUAGCUCGAGCCUCAGCUUGAGAUGUGGGCAAGUUUCUGCAGCAAUAUAUAAAGCUGCGGGAAACAGCAUACAAGAAGAGUGCAGGGUCAACUAUCCCACAGGUGUUAAGACGGAAGAGAUAGCCGAGACUUCAGGAGGUCUUCUUCCGAGUCGGAGAAUAUACCACACGUCCCUGGGAGGGUGGUCAGAGCAGAAUUACAGAGCAUUUUUUGUAAAAUGUCUGACCAAGGCCUCGAGCUCGAAACUGAAGAGCAUCGCUUUCCCUAUAAUUGGUACAGGGAACUUGCACUUUCCAUGCGAUGAAGUGGCAAAAUGUAUCUUCAAGAGCUUUGAUCAAUUUAAAACAAGCAGCCCUGAUUCUUCCCUGCGAGAGGCACGACUUGUUGUGUAUCCAGAAGACAAGAAAAGUUUGGAGAUCUUUGACGGUGCCAUGCCAGCUGAAGCAGUCCCAGAUGUGCGUCCAGUAUAUUCCUCAACAAGCGAUUUUACAUUAGAAACAGCUGUGGGCAUGGCUGGGUACAUCCAACUGCCUGGACACUGGAGUCCAAUGACUGAGGAACAGUUUAUGAGCGAAGUACAGCUCGAACCUGAAGAUAAAGAAUACAAGUUGGUGGCUAGACAAUUCAAUACAGGCGUGAAGAAUCGAUAUACGAUUGUUGAGAUCAAGAGAAUCCAGAACCGCACAUUGUAUCUCCAGUAUGUGAUGCUCCUGCACCAGAUGGCAACACAGAACCCGGAUGUGGAUCUUGAGAGACACCUAUGGCACGGAACAAAGGGAGAUGUUGUGACCAGUAUAAAUCUUCAUGGUUUCAGUCGCAGCUAUGUAGCAGCCCAUUCCUUUGGAAAGGGAACUUAUUUUGCUGCCAGUCCCAGCUACUCCGCCUCCGGUUACUCCCGUCCAAAUGAAGAUGGUAUCAAGCACGUCUAUUACGCAUCCGUCCUCACUGGACACUUCACUGCAGGAAAAUCAGGCAUGGUAGUCCCCCCACCUCUAGACCCUGAACACCCAAGCAUCCUGUACGACAGUUUGGUUGACAACGUGGAUCAUCCAAGUAUGUACGUGGUGUUCAACGACGUCCAGGCCUAUCCCAAGUACCUCAUCACAUUUCGGGAGUAAAGAAGAACAGGGAACAGUGUAAAGAAUGUGACUCUCUGAUGUUGGAAUUUGUGUCUACAUACAUAACCAUUACACGACACGCAAUCAACCUUGUCACCUAUCCUCAACACCCGAUCCAUUUGGACAGCUAGUCCGACAAGCACUGGGUAUUUAUUCUCAACCUAAGGUCGUUCAAGGUGUUAAUGUGUAUGCUACAUGUGGAUAUAUGAUUUAUUCUAAUAUUUCCCUACAUUCUUGAAUAUAGUUCAUGUGAUUUAACCAAUAAUAUUCCAUACUGUUUUGUGUACGGCAACAGUCGAUUAGCUCAUGAAUAUUUGUUUAAAACCGAUGAGGAUGUUUCAGAUUGGUUUCUUAUUAUGAAGUAACAAAUCGGAAAGAUCCUUUUAUCUGGUUAAUUGGUUGAUUGCUUGUUCUUUUAACCGAUAAUUUGAUUUUCAAUACAAUUUUAGGAAUCUGAUCUGUGUAAUAAGUUGUGAACAUGAAAUUCUGAAUAACUAUCUUGCUAUUUUUUAUAUGGGAAAGAUACACUGUUGAUGUGUUCUUGUUACUUGUAUCGUUCUGGUUUGCUUUACAUUGUGAUAUUUACCGUAAUGAUUUCAUGUAUUGACAGAUUUUACAAAUGUAUGUUUUGUUCUGCUUGGUGUAUAGUUAUGGUAUUACUGCUUGAAUAUAAAAUUUGAACUAUUUUAGUAAACAUGUGACACACAAACUGAUCAAAUGCUUCUAAAGUUUUACCCGCUCAAUUUUGCUAGAGGGAAAGCGUCAAUAAACGAAAGAGGAUGUAAACGUCUUAGGACACAUGCAUAUACUGCAACCACAAUGUUCAACAAUGUCUGGACAACAGAAAACAUUACAGUACCUCGAUCUUGCGUUUGAACAAAGCGGCUUACCGCUUGCAUGAAACUACAGGCUUGGAUGAAAACGCAUAUGAAUGUGUGCCUUUUACUUGGAAACAAGUUUUCAUUAUUCUUAUAAUAAUUGACAUUUAAAUACGUUCUACUUUUUUUUAGCUACAUGAUUGAAACUCGAAAUUUCGUUGUCUUAUGUUCGACUUAAAGUCAUAUUAUUAAUGUCAAAUGUGGUAGUUGGUUGGUUGUUUAACGCCGCACUCAGCAAUAUUCCAGCUAUAUGACGGCGGUCUACAAUAAUCGAAUAUUGACCAGACAAUCCAGUGAUUUAUAUCACGAGCAUUGAUCCACGCAAUUAGGAUCGAUGACAUGCAUCAACCAAGUCAGCGAGCCUUACUACCCGAUCGCCUUUUAUGGCAAGCAUGGGUUGUUGAAGACUUAUUCUACCCAGGAUCUUCACGCGUCUCAAAUGUGGUGGAAUAAACAAUGUAGGAUAUAGUUUGUGUAUGUCAAUGUGUCAUAACUCAACACAUGUUUGUUUCAAAGAAUACUCAUGUUGACAUAUAUAUAUAUAUUCUUUGUUCCCCCAUAGGUGAAUUAAAUGGUAAAAGUUACAUUACACAGUAUAUUGUUUCAUGAGAUUACGUAAUGAUUUGAAAUCAUUAGAAGAAUAUGUUUCAAUUGUUUCUGAUAGGCAUUAUGCAUAUAUAGAUCAUGCAUAGUCUUACCGAUUUAUGGUGUCCCCCUGUCAUAUUGCUGGAAUAUUGCUAUAAGCGGCGUAAAACCACACUCACCCAUAUCCUCGUUGACAUGCUUAUUUUGAACAAUCGGCAGACAGUUUUAAUCAUACAAAUUAAAAUCGUUCCUUCUUUCUGUGGAGAAAAAUUUAAGACUGAAGUGUUUUAUCCAUUUUUAUUUACUUCUGGAAAAAUAAAACAUUUAAAACGUGAUG